AUGCUCGCCUUUUACAGACGACUAUACCCCUUCAAGUCUGUUUUCGGCUGGCUGAAUCACGACCACGCGCCUUCCAAGCUGUUCACGCAGCGAGAGUUUGCUUUCACGCUCCAAGGAGACGUAUACCUGCGGUACAACUCUUUUGACAAUGCAGACGACCUCAAGAAGCAAAUCUGCAAGCUGAAUCCGACGCGUUUCGAGAUUGGGCCGAUGUACAGCGCCAGACCUCGAGACAAGAAGACUGUGCGCCCUGCUAUGUUUACGCCGCAGCUCCGUGAGCUGGUCUUCGAUAUCGAUAUGACCGACUACGAUUCUAUUCGUACAUGCUGUUCCGGCGCCGACAUCUGCAAGCGCUGCUGGGUUUUCAUUGCUGCCGCAGUCCGCGUCCUCGACAAAGGAAUCCGUGAUCAAUUCGGCUACAAUCACCUGCUAUGGGUCUAUUCUGGUCGCCGCGGGAUCCACUUGUGGAUCUCGGACCAGGAGGCGAUGGAGCUGACGGACGAACAGCGCCGUGCUCUGGUGGGCUGGCUGACGGUGAUUCAAGGAGGAAAGGAGAUGCACAAGAAGGUCAAUGUACGGCAGGGGUCGCGGCCGUUGCCACCAUCCAUCUCAAUGGCCCUGGAGACACUCACGGAUGUCUUUGGCGACCUCAUCCUGGAUGAUCAGGAUUGUUUUGCGUCUGAAGACGGAUGGCGAGCACUGCUGCAUCUGAUAACCGAGAAAACAACCGCAGAGCGACUGGAGAAGAAGUGGACUGCAGAGUCUAUGCGUUCAUCGGACGAGAGGUGGCAAGAUCUCAAGAAAGAAGUUAAAAGCUGGGGAAAGGAUUCUCCGCAACGAGCAAACCUUGUCGCAGCCAUGGAAGACAUCGUCCUUCAAUACACAUAUCCGCGCCUUGACGCGGAAGUGUCGAAACACCGAAAUCACUUGCUGAAAGCGCCGUUCUGUAUACACCCAAAGACCGGCCGCGUCUGUGUCCCCGUCGAUCCCUCCACAAUAGACAGUUUCCGCCCCGAACGCGUGCCGACCGUCGGUCAGCUUCUUCGGGAGUUAGAUGAGCUUGCACCCGCGGCUGACAGCGACGCAAUAGAACAUCACUCAGCAGAUUGGGAAAGAACUUCACUUAAGCCGUACGUUGAAAUGAUGGACAGACAUGUGACUGCGCUCAUGGAUGAGACAAGACGGGCGACUCGAAUGAAACGGGAAAAGGAUAUAUCAUGGUGA